AAUUUGUUGUCAUUACUUUAUGUUUUAAGCGGUGAUAAAUUAAAAUUAUAAAACGUUGCUGUAAUCGUUAAUAUAAAUAAUUUCAAAAAUCUUAUAUAUUGAAGUGAAAAUGGUUGUAAGUAAAUACAGCUGUUAAAUCUACCGCUUGUUAACUGGGCCAAUCAGUAAAAUCAUUACACACAUGCGCUAAAUUUCCCUCCGUCUGGCAUAAGUGACUUCGGAUAUAGCAAAAAAUUAUCACAAAACGUGAUUGAUUUUAUUAUUAUUAAUACGAUUAUUAUUAAUACGGAUAAAUAAAAAUAAUUGGAUUUAUUAUUAAAUAUAUCGUUCUUCUAUUAAGUGCAUAUUAUGAGAGCUAGAGUUCCUUUAAUUUUGAUAACAGAAGAAACAUUUGAAAUCUUACAUCAUUCAAUCAGAUGCGCGAAUAUUUUGGUUAGAUAUAACAGCUGAUAAUUAUCUUAUUUUAUAAUAAAAAUUAAUUCAUGUGAAUAAAAAUGAGUUUUAACGAUCUCGUACACUGGUAUCAAAAAAAAAUUGGUACAUAUGAUAAGCAACAGUGGGAGAAAACAGUGGAACAAAGAAUUCUUGGUGGAUUUACUAAUGUUCCAAUGAAAACAGCAAAAUUGAAAACAGAAUUUAUAGACGUUGACUUGGUACGAGGCUCAUCAUUUCCAAAAGCAAAACCAAAACAUGGUUUAUCUACUGUAGCAUGUUUAGCAUUGCAACGUCUUUUAUUUCUACCUCUAUAUAAGACAUGGUGGAGCCAACAAACGAGUAUUCGAGUGUUUGUUUUAUUUUUGUUAUUGUAUAGCUUGCAAUUGAUCAACAUCUUAUUGUAUUUUGCUUAUGGAGACAGAGAAAAUGAGGCUGAUAUAGUUUCAACAUCAGAAGUCUUUAUACCAAGUGUUAUGAUGUUAAUACUAUGCUUAGUUCAUUCUCACAUCGUAUCAACGAAUUCUGGGCCUAUGGAGAUUAAUGGUUAUAGUAGGCAAAAAGUUAUUAGACGAUCAAGACAUGGUAGAUGCAGAAUUAGUAAGUCAAGAAGUAGAUCAAAUUUAAAAGUACAUGAUGACUCGAAAUCGUCGCAAGAUACUGCCUCGGAAAAAGCAAGUACCAUAAGUAGAGAGGCACUUACUUCUGUAAGAUUUGCAAAAAAAGUUAUGAUUGAAAAUUCCUUGACACUUAGUCAAUCGCAGGAAUUUCUUCCUCAUUCAACUUGUAAUAAAGAAAAAUUGAAUAUAUCGUUGAAUACACCUUCCAUAAAUGAAGAUUCUAUCAAUUGUAAUCAACCAGUCAUUCCUCCAGAAGAAAAUGUAGAAAAUCCAGAUGUUGUACAUCAGGAUGACGAUGGAUUUGAAAGUUUAAAUGGGAAUGUAUCUAGCGAUAAUGAUAGGACAGUUAAUAAAUUCUUACAACAAACAAACAGAGAUCAAAUCAAACUAUGCGAUAAUAAAGAAGGAAAUUUGUUUCAAUUGGAAGCAUCUAGUAGCCAACAAAUUUUACUUCAACCCAAAUAUUCAGCACCUGACCCAUUGAAGAAAGGAGGAAACUUUUCCGACAGUGAAGGAGAUGGAUGCAUUGUGACGGUAAACCAAACUCUGAUUGAAAGAGAUGAAUCGCCAACUAUAUCAGAAAUAAGAGAAGGAAGACGACAGUGUGAAAGUGAAGAAGAAGGUGAAUGCGAGGAUGCUGCAACGAAUCACUUAACCGAAGCGACAACAUCUGCGACAGAAUGGAUGGGUGUAACAACGAAUAGCGAUGAAUGUAGUUAUAGUUCAGAACUGGAAGAAUCAGAUUUGCAUAGCGAGACCAAUUUAAAUUAUAGCGAAUUUAUAGAACAUCCUUUCUCUUGGGAAUUUGGAUUACCUCCUUCUAUUUUAUUAAGUUCCAGUUGUGCUUCAUCCGAUCGCAUUUCGUGUACUAUUUGGACAAGACGUGAUGUCAAGAAAGCAGAAUUGUCAGUACUUGAUAUUAGUUCUGCUAUUAUAGCAAGAGUAGAGUCAAUGCCUGAAAGUAUGAAUUAUUUUUAUGGUGGAUUGGUAUUAAGUAUUAUAUUGUCUUUAGUACCGUCAAUUAGACGAAUAACUGACACUCUUGGAACAGAUAGCAGUGGCAAUACAACUGUUUCCAUAAUACCAGAUGAUCUCAGACAAGUUAAUUUAGAAACGUAUACUGAUAUUUUAUGUAGAAUAAUUGAUAUUGCUUUUGGAGAUACGAUACUGAAACGUAUUAUUGUAUUAAUCUCUGCCUUUGAAAGACUUGCAUUAUCUUGUCUCUUAUUCUUUUUAUUGGCAGUGGCUGAACGGACCUAUAAACAAAGACUCUUGUACGCUAAAUUAUUUUCUCAUUUAACUUCAUCGAGACGUGCUAGAAAAUCUGAUUUGCCUCAUUUUCGGUUAAACAAAGUGCGAAAUAUAAAAACUUGGCUAAGCGUUAGAUCAUACUUGAAGAGAAGAGGACCACAACGUUCUGUUGAUGUUAUAGUAUCCUCAGUUUUUAUUGUUACAUUAUUAUUACUAUCUUUCAUUAGUUUGGAAUUAAUUAAGGAUCUGGAAAGUUUACAUUCGCAAUAUAACGUCGAAGCAUUAUUUUGGAGUUUUUCAUUAGGAAUAUUUAUUUUGCGUUUUAUGACAUUAGGAACGAAAGUUAAUAAAAAAUAUAGAAAUCUUUCGAUUUUGAUAACUGAACAGAAGAAAUAUUUUUUUCAGAUAAAUUUGUAUCUUCAAAUUGAACAAAAACCCCAUAAGAAGGAGGAACUAAUGGUGGCAAAUAGUGUAUUAAAAUUAGCAGCCGAUUUGAUAAAGGAACUCGAAAGUCCUUUUAAAAUAUCUGGCCUAUCUGCUAAUCCAUAUCUAUAUACGAUUACAAAGGUGGUACUUUUGUCAGCCCUUUCUGGAGUCCUAUCGGAAUUACUUGGUUUCAAACUUAAGUUACAUAAGAUAAAAAUAAAGUGAGAUGAUGUUAUAUCUCGCUUAUCUACCUCGAUGUUACAGACUGACUGGUGAAAAAAAAAAUUGCAUGACGUAUCAGCAUAUCUGUAUACAUUAAUAAUUGUUUCUUAUUUUUGAUCAGAUCUAUAAAAACUACUAAUACAUUCGAAAAACUAUAUAUACGAUUAGUUUUAAGAUUAAAAAAAAAAAAAAAAAAAAAAAAAAAAAAAAAAAAAAAGUAAA